CAGCAGUCGAAAAGGAAUGAAAAGUCAGCACCACAUCUUUUGCCUGCCUGUCGGUUGGAUCUGUGUGUAAAUGCAUAUCUUAUGUUGGUAUAGUGUCAAAUGUGUUUGACUGGGAGUGUGGUGAACAAAUAUAUUUGGUUUGUAUUUGUCAGCGCGUGGAAAACACACAAAUACUUCUUUAAAUGCAACCCCUCUAUCAGACAAACAAGUUUGCCCAAACCAGUACACACUGGCAAAUAGACGUGAAUGGACGACUAAUUGUGAUUCCAUUUGGUUGCGCUUUAUUUUUAUAUUUUGGAGUAGCUUUGUGCUUCAAAAUGUCGCAAAUGUCGAACGAAGGCGAUUCCGUAUGUUCUUCAGAGGACCUUGACAACUACGGACCCGAACAAUAUUUAAAUGUUACCGGGAGAACCCCGAGGAGGAUCCGGAACAAGGUGACAUCUGAAUGGAGCGAAUAUAAUACAUUGACUUUAAUCGCAGCCGUUGAAGAACGGGAUUGCCUUUGGAAUACAAGUCACGAGGAUUACAAAAGCAGGGAAGUUCGUGGCCAUGUAUGGGCAGAUAUAUAUGAAAAUGUUUUCAACAGAGAGAUCGAUAUUGGUCAGCUGGGAGCGAAGUGGACAAAUCUUCGCAUCCAAUACAAGUCAUACCAUGCUAAAGCCAAACGGGGUCCAGUCUCAUGGAAGUAUUAUCCGCAUAUGAUAUUUCUUGCUGCAGUGCAAGAGGAGCAAUAUGUGAAGUCUGACACAAAGCCGGCACAGAUAUUUCUUACCGAACCUGAAAUUCCUUGCUCUAAUGUAUCGUCUGAAUCAACUGUAUCGGCUGGAUUAAACAAUCGUAAACGUAAGAAAAAAAUUUCACGCUCUUUGCCAGACAAUGACCACAGUACCGAAAACAACGUUAUUCCUGAAAAGGUGAAAAGCGAACUUCCAAACUUGAGGGAUCAUGGCGAUUCAUUUCAAGCAUUCGGAAACUUUGUUGCCGCUGAGCUGAGAAAACUUCCCGACUCGUUAGUGGCAAAUAGAAUUCAACGCACACUUACACGAACUUUGAUGGAUUUACUAGAUCAAGCAGAUGCAGAGGAUGAUAAGCCGUCAUAUUGACUUCGUGAUUCUAAGAAUCAAUAUCUAUUGUUGAUAUGAAUAAAAAUGACUGCACAUGUAUAGUAAA